UCAGUGUCUAUACAGGGGGAGCAUCAGCGACGUCUGUACAAAGACUUAAUGAGAAACUACAAUCCUCUGGAACGACCCGUUUAUAACGACUCUCAUUCGCUCACCGUUCACUUCAGCUUCAGUCUGAUGCAGAUCAUGGACGUGGAUGAGAAGAACCAGGUUCUGACAACCAACAUCUGGCUUCAGCUGUAUUGGAGCGACUACUAUCUGCAGUGGAAUACAAGCGAUUAUCCCGGCGUGAACACGGUUCGCUUCCCAGACUCCCUCAUCUGGAGGCCCGACAUCCUGCUGUAUAACAGUGCUGAUGAGAGGUUUGACGCCACAUUUCACACAAACGUGCUGGUCAACUCAUCUGGAUACUGUCAGUACUUGCCACCAGGUAUCUUUAAGAGCACCUGCUACAUCGAUGUGCGCUGGUUCCCGUUUGAUGUUCAGCGGUGUGAUCUAAAGUUCGGCUCGUGGACGUAUGGCGGAUGGUCUCUGGACCUGCAGAUGAUGGAGGCCGAUAUUACCGGAUACAUCGCUAACGGGGAAUGGGACCUGGUUGAGGUUCCAGGCAGAAGGAAUGAGAAGUUCUACGACUGCUGUAAGGAGCCGUAUCCUGACGUCACCUUCACUGUGGUCAUGAGGAGAAGGACGCUGUACUACGGCCUCAACCUGCUGAUCCCGUGCGUCCUGAUCUCCACUCUCGCGCUGCUGGUGUUUCUGCUGCCCGCCGACUCUGGAGAGAAGAUAUCGCUGGGAAUCACUGUGUUGCUGUCGCUCACCGUCUUCAUGCUGCUGGUGGCCGAGAUCAUGCCCGCCACCUCUGAUUCAGUGCCUCUGAUUGCGCAGUAUUUUGCCACCACUAUGGUGAUUGUGGGUCUGUCGGUCAUCGCUACAGUCCUGGUGCUGCAGUAUCACUAUCAUGAUCCAGACGGAGGAAAGAUGCCGCGAUGGACCCGCGUUAUCCUCCUGAACUGGUGCGCCUGGUUCCUGCGCAUGCGGCGACCCGGCGAGGAGCAGAUCCGUCUGGCCUGCCACAACAAACCCCCUCGGCGCGGGAGCGUGUCCAGCGUGGAGCUCUCUGUCAGCCAGGGGGCGCUGCAGCCCAGCAACAUGCUGUACAUCGGCUUCAGGGGCAUGGAGGGAGUCCACUACGCAUCUUCCCACGAUUCGCACGGCGUCCUCUGCGGACGAAUCAUGGCCUCUGCCGAGGAAGAUGUGCUGUUGCCGGGGGCGACCAUGCCCUCACUUGGGGGCGGGGCCGGAAUUGGGGGGCGGGUCAACGGUGGCAUUGUGGGCGGGGCUUUGGAACUGGAACUGGCAAAAAUUCUGGAGGAGGUGCGAUACAUUGCUAAAAGGUUUCGCAACCAGGAUGAGGACGAGAAAGUGUGUAACGAGUGGAAGUUCGCGGCGGCGGUGAUCGAUCGCUUGUGUUUAAUGGCGUUCUCCAUUUUCACCAUCCUCUGCACCAUCGGGAUCCUGAUGUCGGCACCCAAUUUCGUAGAAGCCAUCUCGAAAGAUUUCUUCACCUGA